GUCAGUAUUGUGGAAGUUUUAUUUCAUUAACGAGAAAUUCCACUACCUAUUUGUAUCAGAAACAAUGGGAGAAUUAAGUGUGUGUUUUCAAAUAGACACAGACAAUCGUGAAAAUUUUCCAUCCGCAGUUGCUUUUCGGUCUUUCAAAAAUCAAAGAGAUGCAUUUUAUGAAAUAUUUAGAAUAUGGGAAGAAAAUCAUUCUGUACCAGGAUGGACAUUUCAAAUAGCUCUGGGAAGUAAAACACGAAGUAUGCUAACUUUGCACAAUGAUGCUAUAAACUAUUAUCAUUUUGCAAGAUUAUUUAAAUCACAACUUUUAAUUUCUUGUAUACAUAAAAGGCAGCAGUCAGAAGUAGACGAUGAUGAAAGUAUAAGUUUUUUAAAAGCUUUAAAACAUGUGAAUCCAAAAAAGCUUAAUCAGCUUCAAAAGCGUUUAGUAACUCCACAGCCUUCCACAAAUCAAAUCAUGGAACCAUCUUUUCCAGGAGUUCAAGAAUUUUUCAAAGAUUUUAUAUUAUGUGCUUUCAAUCCAAUUUUUUAUAUCCACUUAGAAAAUUGCUUGGUUCAUGAAAUAAUGGAAUUGAAUGAUACUCAAUUUACUGGCAGUGAAAUAGAAGAUUCAGAAACAAUGGUCGAUGAACAGGCACAAAAAAAUUUUACUACCUGUUUAUCCAGUUUACGACUUCUUGCAAAAAUGUUAGGUCUUGUUGUUUCUAUACCAUAUAGGUCGGAAUCAAACAAUUUUACAGAGUUAAUAGCUACACAAGUAGAAGUAAGGAGUAAAGUGUUACCAAAAGUAAAUUUACUUCUUUGUCUUCAUAAUGCAAUAGCAUUAGGAAAGUUAUCAUUGACUGUACCCUGGAUAGCAAAAUACUUGGCUAUGAUGGAUGCUGUAUCUCUUCGAUUACCAUACUAUAAACACAUAUUAGAGCUUCUGUAUUACAUUUACAGAGCUGUAAAUAAUUCUGAUUUCAAGACUCUCGACAGUCCUAUUUCUCGACAAACGGCAAUUCUCUUAAAAUCUACUUUAAGUUGGUUAUUUGAAUUACCAAAUUUUCCAAAGGAUUUAUAUCCAGCUUGGCAGAAGACAUGCAAAGUCAAAGAAUUGAAGAAUCUUAAGCAGCUUGACAAACAUUAUAUGCAAAAGAAUGCCUUGUUAGGAGAAUUAAUAGUUCCGAUUGCAACUACCAAAUGUUAUUUGGAUAAACUAGAUAUUAUUAAUGAGAGAACUUUGCGUAUAUGUUGCCCUUCAGUUGGACAAACACCAGUAAUAAAUACUAAUACGAAUUCAAACAAUUAUAAUUCGAAUAAACACAUUACUCCCGUUUCUAGUCAACUACUGAAAUCUGUCAGAGGUGCAAGUAUAAGGCAUUUAGAGUGGCAACUAGAAGAAGCAUUUUUUCAUGGGCAGCCAGCAUCAACUCGAAAGACCGUUGAUUUUGUGUCAGAGAGAGUCGCUUCGACGUGCGUUAAGCAUAUAUGUAAUACUCUAUUAAUGUCCUCCAGAGAAUCAAAUUUGAACACUUUUAGGAAACUUUUAAAAAAAAAGCAGAGAGAAAGACAAUCUGAAAAGUUGGAAGAACCAUUUUCCAAUGAUAUUAUAGAUUUUAAGGCAUCAGUGGUGAAUGAAAUGAAUACUUUAGCUACAAAUGCGUCCAAGGAAUUAAAGGAUCAAUGCGAAUCAUCUAUACCAGCAAUUUGCGAAGCGCGCGUAGUUAAAUCUAUAGAAUCCCUUUUGGCAGAAGAUUCUUUGGCAACCGUGAAAGAAAUGUGCGUUAAAAUUGCAACUAGAUUGGCUACGGAACGUAUACAUCAAUGGAUACAAGCUCACAUAGUAGGCGGUUCAUUAUUUAUAAAAGACAUGGAACUCGAAUUAAACAGAUUUUUGAAGAAUAAUUCACCGUUGCAUACUGUUCAAGAAAAAAAGCAUAAUCCGAAUGCUAUUAGUCCAACUACCAUUACAGAUGACUUGAGGGAGUUAAUGUGGGACAUAUUCGAUAAUACUGGAGUGAAUUUAACGAUGAUGUCGGUCUCGACCGUAUUAGAUAACUUGUAUCAAACUUUGAACGAAAGAGUCGAUCUUCUAGCGGGCCCCGAGAAAGUUUUGUAUCUUCUUAGCACGGAUUUUGCAUUGUUAUUAGCUGCUUAUCGGAACGACCUCUUAACUGAAAAGAUUCAAGAUAAAUUUAUUAAGAUAUGGUCGAUGAGUCGUUGGAAAGCUUUGGAAUUGGACUCGCCUAUAUACAGAAUAUUUAGUCCUCGAAACAUUAUGCUAUUAGCUCAACCAGAAGAAGAUGACGUAUGGCCAUUUUUGGGGAAAUUUGUUAAGAGAUUAAUAAUAAAGGAUAUUCUAGACGUCGACAGUUUUAGCGAUCAGUGUGUAGCUUUGUUCAGACAGGACUGGCCUGUGCCUAUAUUAAAGCAUUUAUCAAAAUGCUUAUCAGAAGCUAUAGCAGACUUCAGGGCAUCGGACGAAGCUACGGAGAAAAUAAAGUACCUACUUGGAUGGAUAGCAGAGACAUAUCAUGAGAUAGAAUUUCCAAAUGACUAUAGUCCUAUAGACUGAUCUGCACCUAAUCAUUCUUAUUUUUAGGU